AUGUUUGGAACAAAGACCCUGAGCUCCCUCAAGGAUUUCCUCCCACAGAUUCAUCAGCCUCUACCUCUGAAUCGACGUGAAUCCCAGCUACUGCUCAAGACCCUGACCACCUCCUUCCGGAAUAACCUCGACAAGGAACAUGGCUACUGGAACGAGAACACCUCUACCGUUUCCUUGAAGGCUGCCAAACACGCUUCGACUACGGCUUCGGCUUCGGCUUCGUCCUCCGGCCCUCACGACCCUCACCACCGACCAAUCGAUCGCCACGUGCGAGCCAUCCUCUCAAACCCUCUCUUCAGCUAUGACCGUGCCGCCCACAACACUCGCCCCGCCCCCGAGCGGGAUCCUAUGGAUGUGUUUGACGAGGCUGUGGCUAAGGGUCUAAUGAACCCUCAACGCGCUGCAGGCGUGCUGAAGGCGAAGAGGCACUCCAUCACGCAGUCUUCUACCAUCUCGGUGAACGAAACCGUGGCUAGCUCCGGCACGGCCCGGCGUGUGCUCCAAUGGCUCCGCUCUCACGGCCUUGAACGUGACCUGUCCUUCGUCAGCUGCACCCCUCUGAUCGCGUACUUGACGCAGUUCAUGGUUGAGGAGGGCCUGGAGGAGAUCGCAUGGGCCUGGCUGGAAAGGCUGAUGAGUGGUGAAGGACCCGACUCGGCCGGCUGGAAAUCACCAUCGCCCGCAGCUUACAUCCUCGACAGCCUAGUACGGGCCAAAGCCCUCUACGGCAACAGCCUGGACGGAGGCUAUGCUUGUAUGAUUCGAGCCCAACAGAUGUUCAACAGCAAGCCCACCUUCGAUACUGACGUCAUCUCCGCAUGGCGGGCGCUGUCGUGGUGGUCCACCGUUUCCGCCUGGCAACGUUCUCAGCCGUCGGAGGCCCUGUUCGAUGCAUUUGCCGCCUUGGGCAGGCAGCUGGAGAGGUCCAAGACGACUUUCCUCGUCGACCGAGCCCACCUCGACCUACACCACCCCACCCACCCAGACGCAAAUCUCUCGAUUGGGUACUUGGAAUCGUGCUCACUCCAGACUCUUCUGGACCAGGAAAAGCAGGAAGAUCAGCAAGCUUUUCAGACUUGCAGCCACACGAGGAAAUAUAACGCGAUCGUCAAGCGAGUCGCCCUGAUGGGCAUAGAUACUGUCAACCAUCUAUCUCGCGUCGGCCGGGAGGAAGAGGCCGACUGGGUUGGUAAUCUGCUGACGGACAGAUUUGGCCUCACCUUAGUAGCAGCGUUCAAACCUAGCCUGCUAGGAACUGACGUGCGGGCCUCUCAGCACUCCAUACCCGCAGGCUGA